AUGGUUCAAUUCCUCGGAUUAGUUGGACUCGUCGCUGCCUUCGUAGUUGUCGUUCGUGCUGCCCCUUUGGACGGUAUUGGUCACUACGACGACAUCCCUGAGUCUCAACAGGACCUCGAGGCCAAGGAAGCUGCUUUCAAGGCCAUGAGCUUCGAGCAGAGAUUGGAGUAUCAUUCCAACCACGAGAUCUACAGACCCGAGGGGACAGUCAAGUGUAUCUCGACUCCUGGAUACCCUAUCCUUACUGCUACCUUUGGCGAGGCGUGCAAGACCAAUGAGACGCAGGAUGGUCUGUACAAUUGGCUCGAUGAAAAGGUCGGCGAGUGUGUGGAGAAGAAAAGAAUGACGGAGCCCGAGGACGACGUCUCGCCGAACGAGGGACCAUGCGACAAAGGUACGCUUUUCAUCUCGUUGUAG